AUGCUUCUCAAAGGUUCUCCAGCCUCCUCUCACUUGAUCACUCGCGGGGAGAACUUGGGUCCUCUGUUUUCCUCUGCUCCAUCUUCAUCUUCGUCCAAGCUUUCGUAUUCGUUCUCUCCUCUGAACUCGUUCACAUCUCUGAAUUCGAUUCUUCGGUUCCCUCCGACGAGAAAUGAAGGUGGGGUUGUGGUCUGUGCGUCCAAGAAUGCGAAUAAUCGGCCACUUACCGGUGUGGUUUUCGAGCCAUUUGAAGAGGUGAAGAAGGAACUAGAACUCGUACCUACUCUCCCACAAGUCUCUCUUGCUCGCCAGAAGUUUACCGAUGAAAGUGAGGCAGCCAUUAACGAACAGAUCAAUGUGGAAUACAACGUCUCCUACGUUUACCAUGCCAUGUUUGCCUAUUUCGACAGGGACAAUGUAGCGCUCAAGGGUCUUGCCAAGUUUUUCAAGGAAUCGAGUGAGGAAGAGAGGGACCAUGCUGAGAAGUUUAUGGAAUACCAGAAUAAACGCGGUGGAAGAGUGAAAUUGCAGUCUAUUUUGAUGCCUGUUUCUGAGUUUGAUCAUGCAGAGAAGGGAGAUGCUUUAUAUGCAAUGGAGCUUGCAUUGUCUCUGGAGAAACUGACAAAUGAAAAGCUGCUCAACUUACACCAUGUUGCUGAGAAGAACAAAGAUGUGCAGUUAACAGAUUUCGUUGAAAGCGAGUUUUUGACUGAGCAGGUGGAAGCCAUCAAGAAAAUAUCUGAAUAUGUUGCUCAACUAAGGAGAGUCGGCAAAGGACAUGGGGUUUGGCACUUCGAUCAGGCACUGCUUCAUGGGGAUGGAGCCGUUGAUGCAAUUGCUGCGUGA